GAGAAAAUGAUCACAUGGUUUCCCAUUGCCUGUCUGAUCCAUUGAUUAAAAAUGGUUUCGAACUUUUAAACGAACAGUUAAAAGUUCCAGUAGUUAAUUUUUAAUAAACUAACAUUUUCAGCUUGAUUAAUAAGCCUUCAUCAGGUUUUGAACAGAGAUUCUAUUCUAUUCUAUUCUAUUCUAUACAAUAAAGUCUUAUUACAAAAGUAUAGUAAAUAUAUGUGAAAUAUAAAAAAUAUAAAAUUAUAAUAACAUAUUUGAACAUAUAUAUUGUUGCUUUUUUCAGACUUAUCAUACAAGAACACCAAAGAUAGUAUAUGUAAAAUUUAUACUUUAGACUUAACCUACUAUCAAUAAAGUCUAAGUUUUAUCUAUAGAUAAAACUUAGACUUUUUCUGGCAUUCCUGUAUGAUAAGUCUGAAAAAAAGCAACACUACAUGCUUGAAAUAGAAACUAAAAUAAAUGGAACAAAACUAGAAUAACAACAUAUUAGAACACUUAUUUUUAAUAUAUGUAACAUUUUUGUUCAAAAACAAAAUCCAAUAAUUUCACUUUUUUUGUUUUUAUAUUGUCUACUUGGUUUAUAAAUAGAACUUAUUAUACUAGUAUAUAUGCUAAUCAGAAACUAUACUAGUAUAGUUUCUGAUUAGCAAAGACAGGAACUCUUAGUCAAAAGUCAAAACAAAAUAUCUUUAUUUUAACCUGUUAUUUUGUUUUGACUUUUGACUAAGACUUCUCUUUGCUUAUCAGAAACUACACCAAUAUAAUAAAUCUUACUUAUAAACAAAGUCAAAGUAGACAAUAUAGCAAUAUAGAAAUAAAAAAUAAAACAUUAAGGACAUAGAGGUAAAAAGAAUCCAAUCAUUUCAUUUUGCUAUCAUUUUUAAACUUUUUUUAAAAUCAUUUACUUGAUAUAUUAUACAAAAUUCAAUUUUAUAUAUCUAUAUUGAGAUCUGUACUGGUACUGUGUAUUCACUUAAAAUGGCAAUAUUUCAAUUCUCAUUGACCACUCAUGACGACCAUCUGUUCUACAAGAACAGAUUUUGGACCACAACUUGAAAAGUUAGAUAAAUCAAAAUUUACAUUAAUUUCUUGGGACCCACCUGGCUAUGGCUUUAGUAUACCCCCAGAAAGAACAUUUCCUAGAAAUUUUUAUCAACGAGAUGCACAUUUGGCUGCAGCAUUAAUGAAGAAAUUAGGUCAUCAUAAAUACUCAAUAUUAGGAUGGAGUGAUGGUGGAACAAUGGGCUUGAUAAUUGCAGCAAAUUAUCCAGAUGUUGUACAGAAACUUGCCAUAUGGGGUUCAACUGCAUAUUUUACAAAUGAUGAUGUACAAAUGAUGAAUGCUGCAAGAGAUAUACAACAAUGGAAUAGGAAAAUGUUAGAACCAAUGUUAGCUUUAUAUGGAGAAGAAUAUUUUCGUAAAAUGUGGCACAAUUAUUUAGAUGCUGUUCAGGACAUAGUUUCUAAUGGUGGUGAUCUUUGUAAGGAUGAUUUAAAGAAAAUUCAAUGUGAAACAUUAAUUCUUCAUGGAGAUAAAGAUCCUCUUGUUCCAUUCUUCCAUAUUCCGUAUCUUUUAGAGAAUAUAAAAAAUUCAAAGUGUUAUAGAUUUCCAGAAGGAAGACAUAACAUCCAUUUAAGAUAUGCAGAUGAGUUUAAUGAACAAAUUUUAAAAUUUCUCUUAUAAUUUAUUACAAUAAGAGAAAUUUUAAAUUUAUAUGUGAAAUGUUAAAUCAUUAAUUAUGAUUAAUUUUAAAAUUCUAUUUUGUUUUAAAUUCCCUUCUCAUUUGUUUCUAAAUCAAUCUAUUUAUUGUUUUAGAAACAAAUCUGUUAUUACAUACAUAUGGAAGCAAUAUACAGAAAUAAAAGUUAUAUUUUA